AUGAAUUAUCAAAAUCAUCCGGAUGAAGAAUGUUUAAAUAAAACGAAAGAAAAAAUGAUAUACGACCGACAACUAACAACUGCGACGCCAUUUUUAAUUUUUCUCACUCGCAAUUUCAAGCAGAAAGAAAGAGAUAGAAGAAGAAAGAGUCAAGAAAUUUUAUUUUUGAAUUUUCCUUCAACAAACGACGACUCGCAGCAGCGAAUUCUGUCGCCGAAAUGCGAAAAAAAAGUGAAAAAAAAAUUCAAAUGA